AAUUAGACACCAGAUGAGAAAACAUCAUCGCAUCCGAUAGAUAUGUCGACAGAAUUAAUGUUAGCUGUAACAGUUGUACUAGCUCCAUUUAACGUACUGAAACAACCACACCCAAAGGUUCUUUUGGAAAGCGCAAUAACACGCCUCCCUGAUAUUUUAAGUUACGCCGUAUCCAUUGGAUUGAUUGAUGCUCUUUCAAAAAAAUGCAUGAAAAUCAGAGAACCCAUUGAAGCCCAUCAAAGUGUUGUGUUGUCAGUAUUGGCAUGCUUGGGUUUAUUGACAAAAUUUACGGAUGUUUGUCCAAAAAACUCAAGCUCCUCAAAACUCCUAUCAGUGGUAAAGUCAACCGAACUCUUUGGAACCAUUUCAUUACUUUACGCAACUAUCGUUCCAGUAGGAGAAAAAAUUCCUCCAAGAACAGUAUCUGUGGCAGCGUCGGCUUUUAAUUUAAUUUUGACGAUAGCGAAUUUGGACCUAGACGUCUUUCAGUCAAUUAUGGGCCAAGAAUCACUUUUGCUACAAUAUCUCGAUGUUGUUACAAUUUUAUUGAAGUAUUGCGGUCCAAAAACCAAUGAAAAUCGUGAAACUCAGGCUGUGAUUGUUGAUUUAGUUGCUACUUUGGGAUUUCUCUGUGCUAAUAACAAACAAAACCAGAAUCGUUUUAUUAGCGACCAAUCGUCGGUUAUUUUAAAAAGUCUUUCAAAAUUACCGAAAUCCUUUGAUAUUGUCGUGUAUCCAACACUAUUGUGUUUGACAUGUGAUAAUGAUGGCGCCAAAAAUGUUAUUGGAAAAGAAUUUGAUCUGAAGCUCAUUGAAGAUUACGAAAAGUCCGAUUCGGGCAAGAAAAAUAAAAUGCUUAUGUUGCUCCAUUCAAACUCAAAAGAAAAUAAUAAGUCGAACAAAUAAUAAUAAUAAAAAAAAGAUGUGAACGCAGUUUUCCUUUAUUUGUAACCAGUAUUAUUUAUUAAUAUUGAUACAACAUUCAUGUUUAAUAAUUAUUAUUAACCAAUCCGAAAUUGAACAACUUUUUUAUAAAAUGUACUCCCAAAAAAACUUUCAAAUUGUAUUGUUUUUUUAAUAAAAACCACCUCGGAACGAAA